UCGAGUGUUUUUUUAGUUCUUGUUGAAUGUGAAGUUUAUUGUCGAUUCAGUAAUGUCAAAGAAAUGUUUUAUUCUAGGUAACAGGGCAAUAACUUUUUGGUAUAUUUUGCAGUAAUUAAAUAAUUAAAGUGCUUAGUUCGAAGUUCUGAGGAACUGUUUUCAAUUGUCAAAUAAGGAAAAGGAACUGUGUUUGAAGUGACAUCAAUGAGGUCAAUCCAUUGAUCCUGUCUGCCUUUCAGGUAACUUACUCACUUGAUGGGGUAAAAUUUGCAAUCCUAUUCGCUUUACUUAUUGAUAUCAUAUUUUACCUUUCCAGUUUUUUAUUUCACCCAUCCGGUCAUCACUUUGAAUUGCUCGCAUGCUCGCAAUAUUCUGUUUUGUUAUCGUUUUGUGUGGAUACUUGCAUGGAACGUGAAUUUCUCAAUUCCAUUCAGUGGUGUAAUUAUUAACUACAGUGGUAAAUGCAUUGGCAUGACUGUAUUUUGCUAUGGUUAUUUUUGGAAUCACAUCCCUUCAAUUAUUUUUUUUUAACCAAAGACGGAUUUUCGGACCAAUGAGUUUAACAAAGAUCAGAAUAAUUCAACAUUACAAAGGCUUAAUUUAAAUCUUCAAACCCUUCCUCCAGCUGUCGCAAAAAUCUGAAAAGUGUGAUGAUCUAUAUGCCAGUUUUGAUUACUCCUAUUGACGUUUUGGAAAAUGGUGUAGUGACUUAAUCAAAAGAAUGGCUCUGAACUUAAGUUUUUCCGCAAGUGGAUUUUUGUUUAUUUUUCAGCUUUAAUCAUGCAAACUAUCCACUUGGACCGCUUCAAUUUUCGGAGCUGUUAGAUAGAAUUUUAUAUCGCGGUGACACCAGCAUGACUGUUUCUAGUUUGUUCAAAACUUGUAUCAAAUUAAUCAAUCAUUCAAUGGCCAAAUUAGAUUAAGAAUUGAGAGUCACUCUUUGGUUUGGUCUUACCUUCAAUACCUCACUCCAAUUCAGCGCUUUUAAUUACUGCUUUUUUGAUGUGCAAUACUACAGCUGUCAAUACCUAGAUAGGGUUUCCAAAUUCCAAAAGAAAUUGUAUUGCGAUUGGCUCACAGUGUUAGACUUUUUCACGAAAAUGAAUUAUUCACCUGGGGGAUUGAGUCAGAAGCUGAUGCAAAUUAAUCAUUAGAUAAUACGAACGAACCAUGAAAUAUAGACGAGCGAUACCUGAACUUUGAUAUAUUCCGUUAAACGGGUGGUUAAAAAGGGCAAUGGGUCGGGAAGCUGACCAGGUUGUUGCUAAGCUGAAUUAUAUUCCGAGUGGAUUGCACGAACUUCCUCUUUACAAAGGCGAAAAAUUGACAGUAGUUGACGCCACUGGGGAGUGGUGGAGAGUCAAAAAUGCACUGGGUCAGACCGGCCUCAUCCCUUCAUCCUAUAUUAGAGUGAAUGGAGACUCAUUUCUGUCAAGAUUAUUUCGAAAAAGUUCGCGAGGGAAGAAAUCAGGAGCAAAAAAGCCCCCUGUGGCCAAUGAAAUAUCCAGUCCACAAGCUGUAUCCCACGUCUCGGGGCUGAACACCGCAAAUGAGGAAAAGUUUCCGAGCAGUUCUGAAGAGUCCAAAUCGUUCAAUGACAAUGUACUAAUGCCCAAGUUCAUCACGCCUUCUAAAGGUGGCUCGGAGAAUUAUUUCGACACAUCUUGUGACAAUGGACAGAGUCCUACUGCUCACCACGAACUGGUGGAUUUUGUCGCAAAAGUCAGAUAUACGUACAAAGCACAGAGACCCGAUGAACUGGAGUUGAAGCCCGGCGAGGAGGUGGUGGUGCUAGAGAGGGCAAGCGAUGGCUGGUGGAGGGGUGUGAACCAGAGCAGUCUGGCCUCGGGAUGGUUCCCCAGCAACUAUGUAGUCCAGAACAAUCACGGCCACCUGCCAAUCAAUGACGAGAAGAAACGGGACUCUGCGUUUGAGGAAUCGUGUGGUGCUAGCAGUGUUGCGAAUGUGGGCGCUGUUCCAACCAUCCAGGGAGUGGCAAUCGCGUCUUACCAGCCAAAAACCCAGUUAGAACUGAAAAUCGCCCAAGGAGACCAGCUGCACAUUCUGAGAGAGUGCUCUCAAAAUGCUCAACUGUGGGAGGCGAGCAACCAAAGCAACCGGGGAGAGACUGGGCUUGUGCAGAAGUCUUUUGUGCGCAUUUCGUCCUCCUCGUCGUCCCAGCAACCAACAACAACAGCAGCUGCUCAUCAACUGCACCAGCAAUUCAGUAGACAUGCUUCUCCUCAGUUAAAGCACAGCUACAGUCACAACAGUGGCGGUGGGGGUUCCAAGACCAACCUGUCCACUCCCCUGUCAGUGUCAGUAGACUCCCCAAUGAAGCAUCUGCAGGCUCCCUUCUCUGGAAUCCACAUCCACGACAAAGAUAGAGACUCCUUCGCGUCUGAGAAGGGCAUGGGGUUCGUCUCGCCCCUGGCGCUGCCUUUCGAGCUCCCUCCGAGAAUGGGCAUGUUUCAGAAUGAGGAUUGGUAUUUUGGCAGAAUUUUUCGCAACCAGUGCGAGAUUUUGUUCAAGUACUACGGUGACUUCGGUGACUACUUAAUUCGAGACAGCGAAUCCAACCCAGGAGACUUCACACUGUCCUUGAAAGCGAAUAUCAAAAACCGUCACUUUCUCGUCAAAUCCCUAGGAGGCUUCCCUAGUCGAUUGAAGAUAGGGAGCAAGGAGUUCUCCACAAUGGAAGAGCUGUUGAAUCACUACAAAACUAACGCUAUCUUCACAGAUGCCAGCGCCUCCCGACUAAUGCUGAUCAAACCACUCAAGGUGCCCGCACGCAUGUGAACUGUAGAAGUAGAUCUAUAUUGAACUUUUUUCUCCAAAGUAUGUAAAAAUUAAACUGAACCUGAUUAUCUCAAAAUUUGUACUAAAUCCUUUGCUA